AUGGUUUCGAAAUUGGUUGUUGUUUUAGUGCUUUUAUUAAGUGUAGCUGUUUGCCAUGGGAGGAGGCAUCAUCGCCGAGAAAGAGGUCCUGAUGAUCGCCGCCCUCCUCGUCCUGAAAUGGGUGAUGACCGUGAAUUUGACGACGAAGAAGAAGAUUUCGAUUCUGAAUUUGAGGAAGAAAUUGAAGAUGAUUUUGAUCCUGAAGAUUUCGAAAGGGAUCCUGAUUCCGAUGAAAGAAGGUUCCGUCGUCCAGGUGGCGAUAAAGGAAGACCUGAUAGGGGUGGCCGUCCCUGUUUUGGAUCUGGUGGAAGACCAAAACCAAAUCGACCAGGUAAAGACCGCCCCUGCCCUAAUCGUCCCGAUGAACGCCCACCUCAAAAGGCAACAACUUCUGUUCCAGCGGCUCAAUCUUCAACAAGUCAAAUAGAUACAUCCGCAACUUCAGUUACAACUGCGAAAACUCCUUGUUAUGGACCAAAAGGACGUCCAGGUUAUAAUCCACCCAAUGGUGGUCCGUGUUAUGGCCCUGAUGGUAUUCCGGUUACAACGACUGCGAAACCUGUUUGUUUAGGACCUAAGGGACGUCCAGGUUAUAACCCACCCAAUGGUGGCCCAUGCUAUGACCCUGAUGGCCGUCCACUUACCGACGCAGCAUCAUCAACAACUCCAAGCACACCAGUAGGAACUACCAAUACUGCAGCUACAACGACUGCGAAACCUGUUUGUUUAGGACCUAAGGGACGUCCAGGUUAUAACCCACCCAAUGGUGGCCCAUGCUAUGGCCCUGAUGGCCGUCCACUUACCGACGCAGCAUCAUCAACAACUCCAAGCACAACAGUAGGAACUACCAAUACUGCAGCUACAACGACUGCGAAACCUGUUUGUUUAGGACCUAAGGGACGUCCAGGUUAUAACCCACCCAAUGGUGGCCCAUGCUAUGGCCCUGAUGGCCGUCCACUUACCGACGCAGCAUCAUCAACAACUCCAAGCCCAACAGUAGGAACUACAACUACUAUACCUACAACGACUGCGAAACCUGUUUGUUUAGGACCUAAGGGACGUCCAGGUUAUAACCCACCCAAUGGUGGCCCAUGCUAUGGCCCUGAUGGCCGUCCACUUACCGACGCAGCAUCAUCAACAACUCCAAGCCCAACAGUGGAAACUACAAAUACUGCAGCAACAACGACUGCGAAACCUGUUUGUUAUGGACCUAAGGGACGUCCAGGUUAUAACCCACCCAAUGGUGGCCCAUGCUAUGGCCCUGAUGGCCGUCCUGUUACCGUCGCACCAACAACAGUUGCACCUACAACUGUUGGUCCAACAACAGUUGCACCUACAACGGUUGCACCAACAACAGUUGCACCAACAACAGUUGCACCAAACACAGUUGCACCAACAACAGUUGCACCAACAACAGUUGCACCAGCAACAGUUGCACCAACAACAGUUGCACCAACAACAGUUGCACCAACAACAGUUGCACCAACAACAGUUGCACCAACAACAGUUGCACCAACAACAGUUGCACCAACAACAGUUGCACCAACAACAGUUGCACCAACAACAGUUGAACCUACAACAGUUGCACCUACAACAGUUGAACCCACAACAGUUGCACCUACAACAGUUGCAACUACAACGGCUGCACCUACAACAGUUGAACCUACAACAGUUGCCCCAACAACAGUUGAACCCACAACAGUUGCACCAACAACAGUUGCACCAACAACAGUUGCACCAACAACAGUUGCACCAACAACAGUUGCACCAACAACAGUUGCACCAACAACAAUUGAACCUACAACAGUUGUACCUACAACAGUUGAACCCACAACAGUUGCACCUACAACAGUUGCAAUUACAACAGUUGCACCUACAACAGUUGCACCUACAACAGUUGAACCUACAACAGUUGCACCUACAACAGUUGCACCUACAACAGUUGCACCAACAACAGUUGAACCCACAACAGUUGCACCUACAACAGUCGAACCUACAACAGUUGCACCAACAACAGUUGAACCCACAACAGUUGCACCUACAACAGUCGAACCUACAACAGUUGCACCAACAACAGAUGCACCAACAACAGUUGCACCAACAACAGUUGAACCCACAACAGUUGCACCUACAACAGUCGAACCUACAACAGUUGCACCAACAACAGUUGAACCCACAACAGUUGCACCUACAACAGUCGAACCUACAACAGUUGCACCAACAACAGAUGCACCAACAACAGUUGCACCAACAACAGUUGAACCCACAACAGUUGCACCAACAACAGAUGCACCAACAACAGUUGCACCAACAACAGUUGAACCCACAACAGUUGCAAUUACAACAGUCGAACCUACAACAGUUGCACCAACAACAGUUGAACCCACAACAGUUGCACCUACAACAGUCGAACCUACAACAGUUGCACCAACAACAGAUGCACCAACAACAGUUGCACCAACAACAGUUGCACCAACAACAGUUGAACCUACAACAGUUGCACCAACAACAGUUGCACCAACAACAGAUGCACCAACAACAGUUGCACCAACAACAGUUGCACCAACAACAGUUGCACCAACAACAAUUGAACCUACAACAAUUGAACCUACAACAGUUGAACCUACAACAGUUGAACCUACAACAGUUGCACCAACAACAGUUGAACCUACAACAGUUGAACCUACAACAGUUGCACCAACAACAAUUGAACCAACAACAGAUGCACCAACAACAGUUACACCUACAACAGUCGAACCAACAACAGUUGCACCAACAACAGUUGAACCCACAACAGUUGCACCUACAACAGUCGAACCUACAACAGUUGCACCAACAACAGUUGAACCCACAACAGUUGCACCUACAACAGUCGAACCUACAACAGUUGCACCAACAACAGAUGCACCAACAACAGUUGCACCAACAACAGUUGCACCAACAACAGUUGAACCUACAACAGUUGCACCAACAACAGAUGCAACAACAACAGUUGCACCUACAACAGUCGAACCUACAACAGUUGCACCAACAACAGAUGCACCAACAACAGUUGCACCAACAACAGUUGCACCAACAACAGUUGCACCAACAACAGUUGCACCAACAACAAUUGAACCUACAACAAUUGAACCUACAACAGUUGAACCUACAACAGUUGAACCAACAACAGUUGCACCAACAACAAUUGAACCAACAACAGAUGCACCAACAACAGUUGCACCUACAACAGUCGAACCAACAACAGUUGCACCAACAACAGUUGAACCCACAACAGUUGCACCAACAACAGUCGAACCAACAACAGUUGCACCAACAACAAUUGAACCUACAACAGUUGAACCUACAACAGUCGAACCUACAACAGUUACACCAACAACAAUUGAACCCACAACAGUUGAACCUACAACAGUUGCACCUACAACAGUUGCACCUACAACAGUUGCACCAACAACAGUUGCACCCACAACAGUCGAACCUACAACAGUUGCAACUACAACAUCUGCAGUCACAACUUCAAGUACAACAGCUGGAACUACGACAACUACAACAUCUUCUCCUGAAUACUAUGAUUAUUACGAUUAUGACAAUUAGUAAAAAUUGCAUUUUACCGGUGCCUUAAUUAAAAAAAUAAGAUUUAAAAUAGAAACAACUUAUACUAAU